AUGCGUCGAAUGCUAUGCUGUGGCAUUUCUCGCUCAGGCUACGAUGGCGACGAUGACAACGGCCAGCCUGGGCGACCAGUAGGACCCAACCCAACUCCUUCUCAACAACAAUCCAGUGUGUCGAAACCAGUGGAUACCGUGGUAUCAAAUGGUGCAGUAUCGCCUUCCUCUCUUGGCAUAAGUCCUACGACUAAGCCCUUAGUCGAGAGGCAAGUCAAGUCUAACUUGUGGGACGAGGCGAUGGGAAGGCUCUCAGAAGACGACAAGGCGUGGAUCAACUGCAACUCCAAACAGUUUCUACACUCGUCUGGCCCUGGAGUCCGUGGCAUCGUUGAUCUAGUUGAUCAAAAGCGUCAACAAUGCGAAGCCAGGAGAUGGACAACCGUCUAUCUAUUCAACACUACCAUUAAUCUGUCUGAUCUAGCCAGCAACGCCAUCACGUGGCUCAACAAGUUCAAAGAGGUCGGCGACAUCAUUGUCCAGUACGAUCCGGGACAUGCGGCCUUACCAUGGGCCGCGACGAGAUUUAUCCUUCAAUCUGCGAUUUCAUGCGAAGAGCACAUGGCAUUCUCGCUAAUCAGCGUUGAGAAAACAACAAGGAUCGUCCACAGAUGCCAGAUCUAUGAGCUGCUCUACAACUGCGACACAAUCAAUGCCCAGGUUACUAGCGGCCUCGAGAAGGCCUUGGUUGACCUAUAUGCCUCACUCCUUCAUGUCCUCGCACGAGUGGGAAACUUCCUGUCCAAAGGCACUUCACGGCGCUCCCUGCACGCUGUCUUCAGGCCAACCGAGGGGACAGACCUUCUAUCGGAGCUUGAAAAGUUCGAGAACGAGGUCAUGAAGGAAGCCGCCGUCUGCGAGAGCAAGCGAAGCGCCGAGUCGGAUUCCAAGUCUCAAGAGCAGCUUCAAAAGCUGCAAUCUCUACUAAAGCUCGAAUAG